AUGCACCUCGGCCCCUUGCACUCGCGCUUGGCGGCGUCCUUUAUCGCAUUAUCCCUUCUCGUCGUUUUCCACAUCACUCUUUUCUCUCUGGAUUGUGCUCUCGCGGCCGAGCUCGAAGAUGCACCGCCCAUAUUGCUAUUAGACGAUGUCGACUCCGACCUCGACGUUUCCCAAGGUUCCGUCUCAGACUUGGGAAGCCCGCUCGACCAGAUGUACGAACCCGAGUUUGCCGCAUUCGAUAGGAGUAUCAUCGGGCGUGAUCAAGUUCGAGAUACCAAUGCCUUGAUAAACAACGAGGCUUUUCAGUUGAACGUUCGUCAGGGGGAUACGGAGCGCUUCGUGUUUAAGCUGUCACAGCUGUCCGAGCGGCAACUGCAGGUUGCGUCAUUGGAGCUGAGGGAUGAAGAACAUACCUGGGAAGAUCAAGACGAAGACGAAGAUGAAGCUAAAGAGGAUGAGAAAGAGGAGGAUAACGCUGACUUGAGUGGAAAAGGCCUAGACAGAGAUUCUGUGGACUUGAAUCUUGCCUCCGCGGAACAGAAGCUGGGGAAACGGCAACCUCGUCGGCUUUUUCUUUCUGCAAACACAUGCUUGCAACCUCAAGCAUUCAAUGCGACCAAGACAACACAGCCUCCACCGCAGCUGACACUGUAUGUGUCAACAUCGACCGAUAACGUGGAACCAGGCCCGGGCGCGGAUUCGAACUCUCAAGUGUCGAUGGUAUUCAAUGAGGGUGCUAUCAUGUACAAUUUCACCACUACGACCGACGUAUAUGUGGGUGUACAUGCGCCCAACGUGGCGGAAAUCUUCGACAAGCCUUAUAACAUAAAGAUCGCCAUCUCCACGGACGGUUAUUACUACAGUUAUAACGUGGAUGACGAUGCUGAUCUGAUCUGGGUUGAUAGCGACUCCCAGGGCGCAUUGCUCAUCACUCAUAAUUUGACUGAUAGUAACGACGAGAAGGAGCAACAGCGGAUUAUGAAUACGCCGCCAUACGUUAUGUUCGCCCAGGACAAGUCUGAUCCGUCCAUCAACGGUGUCAAAUAUUCUUUUUGCGGCCUCGAACAAAAUGCCCAGAUUGCAACUACAAAGGAUGGGAAGUAUUCGAACAUGGUCCAGACAGGCAUGACGAAGCGAGGACAGGGCAACUUUCCUAAGCAGCAGUUCUUCUUCAGCGGGCUGAAGCCAAGUACCAGUUAUCUCGGGAUCCUGGCCAAGACCAAUGUGACCGACACAGGGAGUCCGAAUCUCGUUGGAGGUGGCGGCCACGUCUACAAAGCCACUAAUUUCCAAACCAAAUCCGGUAAGCUCUUAUCUCGGAAUCCAGGAUCCAGCCAGGUCGGGACCAAGGCUCAGGAGCUAAUACAAGCAGAUCACGGAAACUGCAACAUCGUCUUGAAUCUUACCUUUUGUGACCAGGUAGCCUACUCGGUCCCCAGCAACCCAAACUUUGGCAACGCCUCUGUUCUGGCCAAGUUCUACGAUGACUACGCCGCCGAAGCAUACGGUUAUUUCAAAAAGGCACUGGCCCAGGUCGCCUGCGAAGCGCCGGUGACCCAGCGCUACUCGCUCACCCGGAACUGCAGUGACUGCGAAGCCGCGUACAAGGACUGGCUGUGCUCCGUGACCAUUCCGCGCUGCGAGGAUUUCAGUAACAAUGCCAGCUACCUGCACCCGCGAGCCAUGAGCCAGCCGUUCCCCGAUGGCGAGAGGCUCGACAAUGCGACUAUGUCAUUGUACGCAGAAAACUAUGGCGACGGCAAGGUCUUGGGCAAGGCCUUCCUCCAGAGCCGCAGCUCGCGGAUCGAUGAGUUUAUCAAACCCGGCCCGUACAAGGAGGUCUUGCCCUGCGAUUACCUGUGCUACAGACUAGUCCAAAGCUGUCCGUCGUCCAUGGGUUUCGGCUGCCCGCUGCCUGGCCAGAAGGGGUUCAAUUCGAGCUACUAUAUCAAGAACGAAACAAAUGGCGAGGUCGUGUGUAACUAUCCGGGCUCGGCACACAUCUUUUCGGGCUCCUCAAGGGAUGUAGUUUCGGUAGGGCUGACCAUUGUUGUUUUGGUAUUAUGGCGCUGCUGGUCCUUUUGCGAGCUGGGACGGUGUUGA